GACUGCUGCAUGACACAAUGCUCCCCAAACAAGUGAUGCCAGUGAAACAUUUCAAAACAUGCGUUUGAGUGUUGCCAGGGAUUGAGGACUAACCUUUCUCUUCUGUAAAAAUAUAUAAGGACAUCGCAGUCAAGCCAAUCACAGAAGAUGGCACCCCGUUUUGCCAUUUCCGCCCCAGGGGAACUCAACCAUUGGUGGAGCCAGCUGAGGUUUCGCCUACAGAAUAAAAAAGGGUGGAUUGAGAUGCUGGAUGAAACCUUCUUGCUUCAGAGCAGACAGAUAAAAGACAUUCCUCUCUUCGAUGCGGCUAAGGAGAAUGAUGUGGGCUGUAUCAAGAAGCUUCUAAGCUGUGCUUCCACCAAUAUCUUUGAGAGAGGUGCCCUGGGGGAAACAGCCCUGCAUGUGUCAGUAAUGGCAGAAAAUGUGGAGGCUGCGAUAUGUCUGAUGGAGGCAGCUCCUGAACUCAUCAACGAGCCCAUGACCUCUGAUCUCUUCCAUGGUUUGACUCCUCUACACAUCGCUGUCAUGAAUCAGAAUCUCAACCUGGUCCGUGACAUGAUUGCCAGAGGGGCUGAAGUCUCCACUCAGAGGGUCACAGGAACAUAUUUCAGGAAAAGGAGAGGAGGCCUCCUCUACUACGGCGAGCACGUGUUGUCCUUCGCAGCGUGCGUGGCCAACUUGGACAUCAUGACAAUGCUGAUCAGCGCAGGAGCUAACACGAGGGCCCAAGACUCCCGAGGCAACACCAUCCUCCAUAUCCUGGUCUUACAGCCGACUAAGACGAUAGCAUGCCAGGCAGUGGACCUGCUCUUGACCCAUGAUGGUGAACUGGACCAGCCUGUGCCUCUGGACAUGGUGCCCAACUACCGUGGCAUCACGCCCUUCAAACUGGCAGCCAAGAAGGGCAACAUUGCAUUCUUCCAGCACCUGGUCAACAGGAGGCGAGUGGUCCAGUGGAGUCUAGGGCCCCUGACCUCAAGCAUCUAUGACCUGACAGAGAUCGACUCCUGGGCAGACCACUACUCCGUACUGGAACUCAUCGUGGGAAGCCAGAUAAGAGAGGCCAGGGCGAUACUAGAGAUGACUCCCAUUAGGCAGCUAGUUAGUCUCAAGUGGAACCUCUAUGGAAAACACUACUUUAGGUUUUUGCUGAUGAUCUAUCUCCUCUACAUCUCAACAUUCACACUGUGCUGCAUGUAUCGCCCUCUAAAGGACGCUCCGGAGAACUACACCACUUCUAAUGAAGACAAUACCAUUGCGGUUCAGAAAACCCUCAAGGAAAGCUAUGUGACCUAUGAGGACAGGCUCCGCCUGGUGGGAGAGAUAAUCAGUAUCCUGGGGGCCAUGGCUAUUCUGCUCCUGGAGAUUCCAGAUAUCCUGAGAGUCGGGGCCAAGCGGUACUUUGGACAGACAGCUCUUGGGGGCCCCUUCCAUGUCAUCCUCAUCAGCUACGCCAGCUUGGUGGUGUUGCUGUGUGUGUUCAGGACCAGUGGUCUGGAGGGGGAGGGCGUGCUGAUGGCCGUAUGCCUGGUGCUUGGCUGGAGCAACAUCAUGUUCUUCGCUCGCGGCUUCCAGAUGCUCGGUCCGUACGUCAUCAUGAUACAGAAGAUCAUAUUUGGAGACCUGACCAAGUUUAUGUGGCUGAUAUUUAUCGUCCUGAUAGGCUAUUCCACCGCAAUGUGGAUGGUGUACAUGACCCAGCAUCCAGGCUCCCUACCCGCCUACAAGUCCUUCCCCAUCACCCUGUUCUCCCUGUUUGAGCUCAGCGUGGGCCUGAUCGACCUGCCAGUGGACCACACCAUCUACACGCCCCCUAUCGUCCAUGUGCUGCACUGCACCUUCUCUGUGGUCUCCUACAUCCUACUGCUCAACCUGCUCAUUGCCAUGAUGAGUGACACUCACUGGAGGGUGGCCCAGGAGAGAGAUGAGCUCUGGAGGACUCAGGUGGUGGCCACUAUCUUGAUGCUGGAGAGACGUCUUCCCCGCUUCCUGUGGCCUCGGCUGGGGGUGUGCGGGUCUCCCUAUGGCCUGGAGGAGCGGUGGUACCUGCGGGUCGAAGAUCGAAACAACCCGUUGGUUCAGAAGAUGCGUCGCUACAUGAGCGCGUUCUCCAAGGACGACGAAGCCAGUAAAGAGGAGGCGGCUAAGGAGGCCGACAAGGCCAAAGAAACAAGCAGAGCAGUCAGACCACCCAAGUUCAGAGGCAUCCUCAGUCCGAACAGAAGGUUAACCGGCUGGGAGAUCAUCCGGAACAGUGCUUUGGGUUUGGAGCCAGACCCAGAGGAACCUGAAGAGGAGCAGGAAGUCAAGUAUCUUUGAGAAAAGGUUAACUGUAUAUUGGAAAUAUAUACAUGUGGUGCAAUCAUUUCAUGCAGUAUUAUGUAGCAAGAGAUUAUAUUUCAGUAAAUGUAGCUGAGACUGAGAGUGUGAAUAUAGUAAUGAUGAGAUACUAACAAGGACUAUGACUUGUAUGAUUUCAAGUAAGAACUUUAACAAAAUAAAGUAGUAAAUC